GCAGCAGCGUCGUGUCGGCUCUCCUUGCACUUGGAAAGCAACUUACUUGCGCUUCGCGUUGCUCCGGCGCUUUAAAGGGAGAAGCACUCCUGGGCCCGUGGAAGGCUCUGUUGAACAUUCUCAAAUAAUCAGAAACGGCUCUACUCAUGAGGAUGAUAUUGUCAUUAACGCAACAUUGCUUUCGAGUGCCCAGAGCUUUGUAGAACCGAACUUGACUGCUGCUGCUUUAUAUAGAGCAACACACGAUUCUCAUAUGGCAGCGGAUGAAGCAAUUGCCUUUAACAUGCCACUGCAACCUAAUUUAUUUGAAAAUGCAUCUGUUGAACCAUCUCCUGAUGCUGAGCACCCUUCCCAGCCACAAUCAUUAUGUUGGCCAGGUAAACGAGAUACAAUUGAGUCGGAGGUUCUGAGCUAUGGCAGAAAUGAUCAGGAAGAAGUGAAAUGCGAUGGUGAAGCAGUUGCAAGAUCACAUGCGUAUACUCAAAGGUUGCUUAAUAUCAUAAACCAGACACUAGCAUCUGUGGGAGUGGAUCCUUCACUGGCCGAUGUUAGAGUACAGCUUGAUAUCAGCAAAAAACCAAGCAGUGGAGCCACAACUACAACAUUAAGCAGUGAAGAGAACUAUGAUGGUGCUCCUAAAAGGCUUAGGACAGAAGGUAGUAUGUGAUUGUCAAUCUAGCAUGGUUCCACUCCUAAUUUUUCUGCAUCUUGUCAUUGUUUCGAUGGGGAGAUACUUGAAGUGGUUGGUCUCUGUGGAUGAGGUGGUGCACAAACAGCUUAUGGUUGUCCAGUUAGGUUUCCAUUUAAAUAUGAGAAGCUGCAUUGUCAUUCUUAAGGGUAUUUAGAUAGUCGACUUUGGAAAUUCUGUCAGUGUGAUGUGGUUAUGCCUAUCGAUUUGAGAUGCCUCCAUGGAUCUGGUUUCAUAGUUGAUAUUUAAACAGGGAAAUUUGAAGUUGUUUCAAAUGUCAGCAUGAAGAAUUUUAUGUACAUUACCAAAUCUUUUCCUUUUCAGUAUUUUGUGAUUAGUUCACUUAAACAGGAUGCUGGCUUUUCAAUUGUGUUUUCAGAAAUAAAAGUCAGCACUUGUAUCAUUGUGAAAAACUGAAAAUUUUGGUCUUUAAGUCGAAUCAACAACAUAAUGCAAGUAUUUACUGAUAA